AGAUCAGUUGCUUUUGCUUUUCUUACAUUGAAACUUUUUUUUUUAAAAACAAUGGAUUACAUUAACACAAUUGCAACCAAAAAUGCACCUAUCCACAAUGCUAUUCAGAUCAUAAAGCAACUUCCAAUCACUGAAAAAUUGAUCCACAUGUAUAAGCGUUCUUCAAAGAAUGAGCUUUUGUUUAUCGGUACAGCUACAUUUAUCACUUUGUAUAAUCUUUCGGCUUAUCUCAAAGCGAAACGCCAAAAAUUAAACUCGCCUCCUACUGUUCCUUACAGCCUUCCUUUGUUUGGUCACAAUCUGUAUAUGAUGUUUAUGCCAUCCAAGUUUCUUGAUUGGUGUAAUGAAAGAUACGGAGAAAUUUAUAACCUCAACCUUCAAGGAAAAACAAUGACAAUUACAAAUGGAAAAAUGGGCGAAGAAUUAAUGAAAGCCAACGCCGAAGAUUUAUCUUUAGAUCACGGAGUCGUAAGAGAUGUUCUUCAUCUCGACUAUGCAUUUGAUGAGUCCAUUCUUGCCAUCGGCAUGACCGUAAAUCCUGCUGUUGCUAAAAUGGCUCUUCCUAACUCAAAGAUGCCUAUGUAUGUUGCCGGUAUUCAAUCUGGUCUCGAGAACGCUUGUCGUGCUUUACUCAACGAAAAAACAACCGUUGUACAAAACCCUAGCCCUUUUUUUCAAAACUAUGUUGCUUAUAUGAGUGUUCCUGGGUUGAUUGGCGAUGAAUUUGCUUUAAAUAUUGAAGUCAUUGAAUCGUUUGCUAGCUUCACUGGUGAUAUUAUUCAAAAUGUUCCUUUAUUUAUGGCUGUACCUAAGUUCUUGCACAAAUAUAUCCUACCCUAUGUCCAGUCUGCCAAAAAGCACGAGAGUGUGAUGCUGAAACACGUUGCUCCUGUUGUUAUUGAGCGCCGUGAAAAAAUGAGACUUGCCGAAGAAGCUGGUAAAGAACAUGGACUUGUCGAAAAUUUCUUACAGGGCCUUGUUGAAUUUGAACAGACGGACGAGAACGGUGUUAAAACGCAUUGUUCUGCUGAACAACUUUCUAGGGCUGUUUUGUUGGUUGCUUUUGCAUCAGUCCAUACUACUUCGAUGAACUUGAGUUUCAGUAUUUACUGGUUACUUGCUCGCCCUGAUCUUAUGGAAAGAUUAGUAGAAGAAAUCGAGCGUAUACUUCCUGGAGAUACCCCUGUUUCUGCUACCGCUUUGGCUGAAAUGAAAUUUUUAAAUAACUUCACUCGUGAGGUACUUCGACAAGGUGGUGACACUAUUGCUAAUGGUAAGAAAGCUAUGCGCGAUUUUACUUUCUCCAAUGGAUAUCAAGUUCCCCAAGGUCGAAUUGUUGCAUCCUCUAUCCGCCAGAUGAAUUUCGGUGAUAAUAGUACUAGAAAUUCUGUCGAAGAAAUGAACCCUGAUAUGUCUCUUAACAAAACAAGUACUACACCUGCAAGAGACUUUGUCUCAUUUGGUGCUGGAAAACAUUUGUGUCCGGGUCGUUUCUUUGCCGUCCAAGAAAUUCAAAUGAGUCUUGUAUACCUCAUCAAGAAUUACGAUAUUAAGACCGUUAGCGGAAAGCGUCCUCAACCUAUUACCCAUAUUGCUGGAUAUAUGGUAACCAAUUCUGAAGAGCCUUUGGUCUUUACACGUAAAAAUUAA